AUGUCUACCCCUGUACCAAAAGUGGCUCCCUACAUGACUGAUAAACGCGCGAUGCAAUAUGGUUCCUCCGUACCUCGCCAACAAUCUUGGGAUAGUGUUCAAGCCCUGACGGACAGUAUGCACAAAAUGAAUGUUCGAAAUAGUCCUGUCGGAAAAGCCAAACAAAAGCCCGGGUCCCAAUCCGACUCUUCCUCUGAGUCAGCGCCUGUUGUGACCCCUGUGCCUGCAAAGGAUGCCGACUCGGUAAAUAACCUCGAGUCGGCUAAGGGUCAACAGCCAGCACACCUUCAUGGUUCGCAGUAUCAGGGAGCUGGCGGGUAUCAAUAUCGUGGCAUGAACAAUCCCCUCGGAGGCGGAAAACCGGAGGAAGUUUUACAAGUUGAUUACAAUCUACAACCACGUCACUUUAUUCCCUCUGGCAUGACGUCCUCUCCCCCUUCCAUCAAUAACACACCAGUCUCUCGACCUACGGCCCCUGGCACAUUCGUUCCUCCUGCUCAGAACCUCCUUGGGAAUAAUCUGCACGGGUCUAAUCAGAAUGCCCCCGUUAACCCUGCAUUGAACGGAUUCUAUAACCAACCUAUCCCUGGAGCUGGUUAUCCUGGUGCCGUGCCAGGGGGUGACAAUAAAGCUGUCCAGGAUAUUGCCGCACAGAUUGCAGUUGCUAACGCUCUUCAAGGACUCAAUCCAGGAGCGACGGGCCCUCAACAAGGACCUCUCAACCCUGCUGCUUUGGCUGCAGCCGCCGCAGCCGCUGGAUACGGAAACAACCCUAUGCUUCCUAAUAUCUACGGGAACACACUCUAUGCUGCCGCUGGUGGAGCCCCGGGAGCAGCACCAUUCUAUCCAGGUCAAGAAAACAUGGCUGCUGCUGUAGUCAAUGCUGUGGCUUCCCUUCCCCCUGCGGCUUUCCAGGCUGCACUUCAGCAUGCUGGCCUUGGUACUUACCCACUCAACGGGGUCGGGGUCGUUAACCAGGGUGGGCCGAGCGCAAAUAAUAGAAAGCUUAACCUUUACAAAACCGAGCUGUGCCGUAGCUGGGAGGAGAAAGGGACAUGCCGAUAUGGGCCUAAAUGUCAGUUUGCACACGGUGAAGAUGAGCUCAAGAGGGUUCAGAGACACCCCAAGGAAUUGCCUCCAGGUGGAGCUGCCCCAGGGGUCGUUGAAGAAAAGGAAAUAACAGAGACCAGGGAAAGGGCACAAAGUGCAGGCAGUGACUCUGAGCAGCAGCAAACCUCCAUGCUUGCAAGAAUUAAGCGAAACGAGGCAACAACUCCCUCGCCUCCAACAGUCACGGCCACACCUCAGAUGGCAAACGGACCCGUCAACGGCAUUACCAACGGUAGACCCAGCCCUGCCGCUCUCAGAGUGGAUACAAAAUCGCUCGAGCAGACUGUCCCCAAGAAUUCGUAUCCUUAUACGAGCAACCCGGCCAUGCCUGCCCCCGGCCUUCCAAUUGUUACUGACGUGAGGGUUGGCCGUCUCUCUCCAGUGCCCGCUACAGCCGGAGCGGACUUUGGAAGACACGCGGCUGCAAGACUGGAGGUCGUUGGAGUCAGUCCCCAGUCAACUCAAGCACAACGCCCACCGCAACCCGGCCACUUGAGGUCCGUGUCCCAGAACUUUGCCUCGAGCGCGAUCGAGCCAAAUAAUGGACGCGCUUCUCCUGGCAUGGCCCAUUUACGUUCAGACAGUUGGGGGGCAAAUGCUUUGAUCGCCCCUGCAUCUGCAAUUGAACCACCAGCAAAGUAUAACGAAAGGAAGUGGGCAUAG